AUGGCCAAUGAAGCCGACAUUGCUCUUGCUGCAUUGAUCAUUGGUCUUUCAGCCUUACUCAUUGCUACGGGACAACUGAUCCAGCAGUUAUUCAGUACGGCCGACGGAUAUCGUCGAUGCCAGGCAUCAGUUAUAGGACCAUGGUCAAGGCAAACCCGUCUCGUUUGGCACUGGAGCCAGUUCCGAUUCGAAACGAAGUUUACAACUCCUGAUAUUGUACUCUUUGAACGGCGAAGCCACCAUUUAGGUGCAAAGGGUCUGGAAAACUUUAAGCACAAAAAUAAGAAAGUGAUUGAUCUGAACUGUCCCAAUCUACCCACUGAGCUUCGUGAGACUGUCACCCCUAUUCGGGAAGACUCAGGAGAUCAACCCCUUGGGGACAUGGUAACUUGGACGCUGCUACUUCGUCAACUACAUCGGCUGCAGGGACGCUGGUACCAGGCCUAUCAGCCAAACUUACUCCCUAGCACCGAUCCUAAUCAUAUCGUUGCCUAUGGAACAAGGAUUAGUAUUGUCUAUCAAGAGCGAACGUGGGAUCUUCUACCUCCAGAUAUCAUUCGACCUAUGGCGUCUUCAAGGCUGGGCACGAUUAUUGUCUUAUCGUUGAGGUUGGGUAUGCAGUGGGAAAACAUUGAUAUUAGCAAUGGAGCCAUGCGAGCCGAGGGAAAUGGCCACACCUUACUUUCCACCAUUAUCCGAGGCUUGGGGAUAGCUUUUCAGUACAGCUUCAAUUCCGAGGCUGACUGCAACAGGAAUGGCCCCUCUCUCUUUCACAAAAGUGGUUUUAAAUCGAAAAUUUUGAUUCCUAGAAGAUCCACAGACAAGAUGUCAUGCGGGAUUAUUCCUAGUACCGGAUUCGAUAUUCCUGAUAUUCCUCUAUGUGGAAAGAAUAUCGCCGAAGGGGCGAUAUUACUCUCAGCAGCAUUGAGUCACUUGAACGUUCAGCGGUCAACCAUAUCUAGGAUAACGGCACACGAGAAACUUGAGAAGAUGCAGCAGAUCAAUGAUUUUGUGUCUCCGGUAGGAUUCCCUAUUCAUGACAUGAUCGCUCUAUUGGCACCUUUCCUACCACUCAAGGGCUCUUCGAAUACGCGAAUAGCAUAUCCCAUCCAAGCCUCUGUCACUCUGUCUGCCUUCUACUUUCCGGAGCCCCGCGAGGCUCUGUUCUGUCGGUUGAGAGAUCAUUGUCGCCUCCAAGAUCCGGCAGAAACUCAUCUGCGCCAAGUUUUUACGAGUUUACAAGGACUCGUGGACCGAUAUGAGAGUGACUAUUAUUGCAGGUGGGACGAAGCAAUUGUGAAUGAUGCUUCAGCUCCCAUGGAAGCUAAACUCGGAUUUAUCGACAAUCUGCGUGUAAUCCACGCAUGGACAACAACGUACUUUAAGUCUAUCGAACAACGCCUCAAGUUCGUCGAUCUAGUUGCUGCCCAUAUUACUCUUGCAACAGAUGCUGCUUUCGAGUCCUUCGAGAAACACAUCAAUAGCCUAAAUCAAAGCCCUCAAGCGUACUGGGCCGAUACUGGUUAUAUAUAUAUCGAUCACCUGCCCAGUCUCUGUGACGAGCUGCGGCCCAAGUUACAGUCUGCCUCGGCAGAAGAUGACAACUCCUUCAUAGAAGAGGCUUGGUGGACGCUUGUGCUAAGAGGCAUUGUCUGGCGGAUGUCUGUGGACAUCAGUUGGGGAGAUAUCCUUGUGCCAUCGAAAUUGUACUACGAUCAGACUCCAGUUUACAUCAUGUGA